ACGGUAGCUUUCCAACGAGCUUGAUCAGUCAUCCUGUAGCUUGCUUGGAAUCAAUUUCUGAUGAUUUAAAUAAAUCUUCCGUGUAUAUGAAGCAUCUAAAUGUCAUUCACAUAUCAAGAAAGAAGGAGCUUUCGAUCACGUGUCAGACGUUUUUUCAAGGUUCACAAUCUUGCCGGGCGGUGAUAUCGCUCAGACCAAUUGAUUAUGGGGAAAGGUGUUCACAGUGUUCAUUGUCCAAAACAACACAUUGAAAUCUUCAGGUACCUUUUACGAAUCUCUUUCAAUACAAUUUCUCAAUUUCUUUUUUUUCGGUAAAGCCAAAAAAAAUUCGGCUGAAAAGGCAAGCUGCAGCUUUCUGCAGUGUAAUCUGGCUUGUUCAUACAGAAUAAAGCAUAAAUAGAGACGGGACAAUGGUCCGUCUACGGGAAAUCCCAAGGACAGCGGCGUUUGCCUGGUCCCCAGGUUCAGAGGCCCCUUUAGUGGUUACAGGGACGAGAGCUGGUGCCGUAGAUGCAGAUUUCUCUGAUGAGACGAAGCUGGAGCUCUGGGACUUGAGCUUGGAUAAUACAGAGCAGGGUGUGGAAUUACAACCUAUUGCUAGUAUUAGCACAGAUUCUAGGUACGCAGAAUUAUAUCGAGCUUGGGGCAUAUGAGGCUGUGUAAGCUAAUUUAUCUGGCUCUUAGAUUUCACGACAUUGCAUGGGCACCAGCGAAUGCAGACCAUCCGCGGGGCAUAAUCGCAGGCGCACUCGAGAAUGGAUCUUUAGAUUUAUGGGAUGCAGAGAAACUUAUACAAGGAGCUGAGGAUGCUUUUAUGUCCAGAACGACGAAACAUACGGGCGCUAUCAAGUCUCUUCAGUUCAACCCAUUGAAGCCACAAAUCCUAGCUACUGCAGGCUCCAAGGGAGAGUUAUUCAUCUACGACGUGAACGACAUCUCGAACCCAUUUAGGCUGGGUACAGCCGCAGCAAGAUCAGAUGAUCUCGAAUGCGUGGCAUGGAAUAGAAAGGUUCCCCAUAUUCUAGCAACUGGUGGAAGUGGAGGAUACGUCACAGUCUGGGAUUUGAAAACCAAGAAGGCUUCUUUACAAUUGAGCAACAAUCGCAAAGCAGUAGGAGCAAUUGCAUGGGAUCCGAACAAUGCGACAAAGCUCUUGACUGCUACGCCUGACGAUUCUUCACCAGUCAUUCUUUUGUGGGAUCUUCGAAAUUCAAAUGCGCCUGAGAGGACAUUACAAGGGCAUAUCCAAGGAAUUUUGUCCUUGUCUUGGUGUCAGCAAGAUGCCGAUCUUUUGAUAUCUUGCGGCAAGGAUAAUAGAACUCUAAUCUGGAAUCCUCAAACUGGGGAGCAAUACGGAGAAUUCCCAGAGGUUACCAAUUGGACCUUCCAAACUAGGUUCAAUCCACACAACCCCGCAUUAUCUGCCACCGCGUCCUUCGAUGGUAAGAUAGCUAUCCAAACCUUACAAAACACAAAUCCUACCGCAUCCCAAGCUCCAGUUGCAGGACCUGUGGAUGGCGAGGACUUUUUCACCAAAGCCCAAACUGAACCUCAGGGAGCUUCAUUCACGUUGAAUAAAGCCCCUAAGUGGCUGGAACGACCAGUUGGAGCUUCUUUCGGAUUUGGUGGUAAGUUGGUGAGCUUUAGCUUGUUGUCAGCUGCAGCAGGAAAGCCUAGACCCUCUAAGAUUCAAAUCUCUCAAUUCACGGUCGAUUCGGACGUAGGGUCUGCUACCGAGUCUUUCGAAAAUGCCCUCAAGGCCGGGGAUAUCAAGAGUAUUUGCGAAACUCACAUAGAUCAAGCCAAGACUGAGGAAGAGAAAGCAGACUGGAAAGUAAUUGAGACAUUAAUUGCGGCAAACCCCCGAAAACAAGUUACUGAAUUCCUUGGCUUCUCUGAUGUUGAUGAGGUCACGAAUGGUGUGUCAGAACUCGGCGUGGAAGAUGGCGAAAAGUUAGAAGAAGCUCCAGCUGAUGCCAACGGCGAAGCCGCGAAGAAUAAUAGAUUAUCGACGCUUUUCGAUGGUGCCGAAGGGGAUGACUUUUUAACUGAUAUCGCUGCAAAUAAGGGAGCCAAGACGGAUAAUCCUUUCCAUUUAUUCGCUGAAUCGGACUCGGCCUCGGAAAAACAAAUUACCAAAGCUUUAAUGCUUGGCCAAUUCGAAAAAGCGAUGACUGUUUGCCUUAAGGAGGAUCGUAUUGCUGAUGCUUUCAUCAUUGCCAAUUGUGGCGGAAAGGAGUUGUUAGACAAAGCUCAGGCGGCGUACUUAGCCAAAAAGACAGAAGGACCCAACUACUUACGACUUCUGACCUCAGUGAUUGGUAAAAACUUAUGGGAUAUUGUAUACAAUGCUGACCUCGAGAACUGGAAAGAGUCGAUGGCAACACUAUGCACAUAUGCCGACCCAGCUCAGUUCCCAGAUCUCUGUGAGGCACUUGGUGAUAGACUCUUGGAUUUUGGUAGCGCAAAGGAUGCUUCAUUUUGUUUCUUAGUUGGUUCAAAAUUGGAGAAGGUCAUCAGCAUCUGGAUUUCUGAACUCCAAGAGAACGAGAAGCAUGGCAUUGAAGAACAGGAAGGGGAUUCUACAUUCUCUGUACAUGCAAAGUCACUCCAGAACUUUAUCGAGAAAGUCACGGUGUUCCGAGCUGUCACCAAGUUCCAGGAUACAGAGCAAAGUUUGGCAUCGGACUGGAAGUUGGCAGCUUUGUACGACAAAUAUACAGAGUAUGCUGAUAUUGUUGCCGCUCAUGGACAUCUUUCUAUUGCUGAGAGAUAUCUUGAUCUGCUUCCUGCGCAAUACCCUGCUGCCGAGGUUGCACGAGACCGAGUUAGGCGUGCAUCAAGAACAGUCGCCCCUGCUGCUGCCGCUAGACAACCUGCCGCAAGCUCAAGGGUUCCCGCACGUGCUCAACCAGCCACAUAUCAACAACCCAUUCCUGCUGCUGUGGCACCUCCAGCUCAAUCUGCUCCAAAUCCAUAUGCUCCGCCUGCAGCUGCUGCACCUGCUUCUAAUCCCUACGCACCUCCAACAAGUGCCUACGCACCACAAGGUUAUCAGCCACCACAAUCAUCUCAACCAGCUUAUGCACCUUCUUACGGAGCAUAUGGGGCAUAUGGAGCGGCCCCAGCAGGUUAUGGUGCACCCCAACAAUCAUUUGGAGCUCCCGCCCCUCCAAGAAACACAACUCCAUCAGCUCCACCUCCAUCCAAAGCUAAAGAUAUGACAAAUUGGAACGACAUACCUUUCGUAACAAAGAUGCCUACUGCUAGAAGAAGUACCCCUGUUACCAAUCCAUUCCUCAACCAACAAGGUGCUUCGAUGCCACCUCCAGAAAAUCCAUAUGGUGCUCCCAGAGCAACACCUCCGCCCCCACCUCCUAAGGGGUCAGCCCCGCCCCGUGUUAGUUCGCCAUUGACAACUGCACCACCUCCUAGACCGUCCUCCACGGCCAAUGCAUACACUCCACAAGCACCCCCUUCUCAAUCACCAUAUGCAUCAAUACCACCACCUACAAUUCCUCGUGGAGCGUCUCCGUAUAACUCUCCACCUUCUGGGGCUGCACCAACAAGCAGAUACGCUCCAGCUCCAGCAGCACAACAGUACUCUCAACCGCCUCUUUCAAAUGUCGCCCCACCUCAUCAGGGAGGUAUGAGGCCACCUCCAUCCAACGCAUAUGCACCGCCAUCAGCCGCACCAUCUAGCCAGUACGCGCCAUCUCAAUCACCGUAUGAAAGCCAACCUCCACCUGCUCAAUUCCAAAAUCAAGGUCCUCCUCAAAGCCAACCGCAAGGCCCACUACAAGGUCCUCCACAAGGUCCUCCAAUGGGUGGCUCUCGACCACCGACUGGGCCUCCUAAGGCGCCUGCUGUGGCAGCUUCACCAGCAAAGCCUAGACACCCUGCCGGUGAUCGAUCACACAUUCCCGCAUCUGCGCAAACAAUGGUCGAAAUUUUCACCAAUGAUAUGCAAAGGGUAGCUUCGAAAGCUCCAGCAAAUUUUGCCCCGCAAGUGAAAGAUACCCAAAAGCGUCUCAACAUUUUGUUUGAUCACUUGAACAAUGAGGAACUUGUGAAGGCUGAUACUAUUGAGAAAUUGACGCAGUUGGCUGAAGCACUUCAAUCUGGCAAUUAUGAUGCAGCAAGCAGGUUGCAAGUUGACAUUCAACGUGAAAAGACUGAUGAGUGUGGUAAUUGGAUGGUAAGUUCUUACAUUUAUCUUAUUUUAGUAGAAACGUAUACUAAUUUAUGAUCAAUAUAGGUCGGUGUCAAACGACUAGUUAGUAUGAGCAAGGUCACUCCUUAGAGGGGAAGGGAAUAUUUUAUUUGAGAACUAAAAUUAGAGAUGAUGAUUGAGAAGAGAGCGCAGCAC